AAAAGAUAGAAUGCCAGGGAGAAACAGAAAUAUGUAAUUAGGCUUCAGGGAACACACUAACAAGCAAACAAAUACUUUGACGUUGUUUGUUACAUUAAAAAGAAAAAUAUAUUUUGGAACCUUAAGAGAAAUCCGGGAGAGAAAUGAAAGGAGUCUGAAGGAAUUAUACAACAAAGAAAGAAUAGCUUACGAAGAAUUCUGUAACCCACAAAACUGCAUGACCAAUAUUUCAAUCCUUUAUGAUUUUUUGUACCUUAUGAAGAGUCAUUAACAAACCAGAAGAACUGGAGGAAUCACAUCUGCAAUGUGGAUCAUUUUGAUCUAUUAAUAAAUAACGCAAGAUCUCAUGAACUUCAUCAGUACGAAACAAAAAGACAAUACAGGAAGCUUUGGAUUCAGGACAAAGUGAAAAUAGAAACUCUUCAAUUGCCUGUCAAUCACUUUUUCUGUCUCCAUCUACAUCAAGAAUGUCUGUGUCACGAGGUUGCCUCUGCUGUGUGAAAUACCUCAUGUUUAUUUUCAACCUCAUCUUCUGGUUGGGAGGAUGUGGUUUAUUUGGUGUUGGGGUGUGGCUCGCCUUCACACAGUCAGAGUUUUCAUCUCUACCACUGUCCUUCCCUUCACUCUCUGCGGCCAACCUGCUGCUUGUUGCUGGAGGCGUCACCAUGGUAACAGGGUUCCUCGGAUGCCUUGGUGCUCUGAAAGAGCAGAAGUGUCUAUUGAUGACGUUUUUUGUGAUCCUCCUGUUUCUAGUCCUGAUAGAAGUGGCACUGAUUUUGGUUUUGAGUGUGUAUCAUGAAGAGUUGGACAAGAAAGCCAAGGAUGACCUAAGAGAGGGAAUGAAAGACUAUCGCACAAAUGAGGGGCUAAGAGAUUCCUGGGACAACAUGCAGAGAAUUUUCAAGUGCUGUGGUGUGAGCAACCACACCGACUGGCUCAACAAAACGUCCAGUGGCAAACUCCCUGAAUCCUGCUGCAGAGAUAAAACUGAACACUGCCAUCACUGGGAAGAGCCGUGCUAUGAGAAGGCCAAAGACUGGCUUCUGGCUAACAUCACCUCAGUGCUUGGGUUUGGAGUUUGCAUUGGAAUCGUUCAGAUUCUUGCUUUGGUGUUCUCCAUGCUGAUGUACUGCCAAAUCCUGCGUGCAGAAAAAUACAUGGACUGACCCUACCUUCGCCCCAUUGUGCCAGGGGCUCUUUAAAACAUUAUUCUGAAUAUGUAAUAAAUGUUUAAAUGGACUUGCCUAUUAGAGAUACUGUAUGUGAUAUGCAUGUGCACAUAAAUUAUGCCGUUGCACAGCUCGGAUGAAUUUCAGAUAAAUGAACUUACCAGGUAAAUGCCUAUAUAAUUAAUUUGUGCUUAAGA